UUCCGGGUGAAGACGUGCUCCGUAGCCCAUGUGGUGUAGAGGAGUCGCUGUGAAUACAUCGCGCUCUCGUUAAUCGGCCGCACAACGAAUCACCGGAGCUCCAGCGAUGACUUCAUUAGCGCACCAGCUGAAGCGCCUGGCUCUGCCCCAGACGGAGGCCGCCCUCGCUCACCGGAAACAUGUCGCCUCUCUGCUGUUUGAAGCCAAGGAAGCGUCGGUCCUGGACCGGGAGACGUUCUUCGCCAUCGGCUGCACAGGUCUGGAUGAACUCAUGGGGAUUGACCCUUCCUUUGAAGCUUUUGAGGAGACUCUGUUCAGCAGAAGCUCGGUUAGCCUGGAGCGCAGUGUGCAGACCAAGGCUGUGGUCCAGCAGCUGGACGAGGACAUCUCCGUGUUCCUCACCCACCUGUCCCCCUACUUCAUGAUCAAAUCGGCCCACAAGUGUCUGGAGUGGCUCAUCCACCGCUUCCAGGUCCACGUGUACAACGUGGACAGCCUGAUCGGCUGCGUCCUGCCCUACUAUGACACCAAAGUCUUCGUCCGGGUCGUUCAGCUCCUGAGGAUCUCAGACCCGACUCACAAAUGGCACUGGCUGCACCCCAUUCAGAAAGCCGGCGUCCCAUUGGCCCGAAGCACCCUGGUCGCGCACUGCUACACGGACAUGGGUUUUUUGGAGUUCGUCUGCGGCUCGGUCACCGGAUCUGUGAAGGAACUGUCCAAGCACGCCGGGGUCGCCGCCAAACUCCGAGUCCGCAUGUCUUUUUACGUCUCCAGCGUAGUGGCCGCUUUGGAUUCCGAUCACGUUUCCGACAUGCUGGUGGCCAAACUCCUUCCUUACGUACAGAAGGGGUUGAAGACCUCCCUGGUGGAAUACAAAUCGUCCACGUUCAUCAUCGUCUGCCAGCUGGCGUCGAAAUCCAUCCUGGCGCCCGCCCUGGUGAAAGCCCUGGCGUCGCAGGUCAGCAGAACGCUCCUCAAGACGCCUUCGCUCCUCCGAGAAGGGGUGGGGUGCCUGAUUGUACUUCUGCAGCAUCAGCAGUCGUCGGGUGAGGUGGGGCAAAAGCCGUUUCUUCACCUCUGCCAGGUGCCCGACCUGGUCGGCGUUCUGAAGGACAUCUCCGGCUCCUACGACAUCUCCUCCUUUUUGGAAUACCUUCUACUGAACUUGGUCUCGGCCAUCAUUCGCCCGGAAGGUGAAGACGCCGAUGCGGUAAGCCCCGUUGCAUGCAAAGCUAUUCUUGAAGCAAUACUCCACAAUAUCGCCCUGGAGGCAAAGCUGUCUAAGAUGUUGGCUCAGGCUUUUCUGGAUGAAUACUUCUCAUUAGGUGAGCACUGCUCUAAGGACGAUAACAAAAUGGCUGAGUUGGGAAAAAGCUUCCUGCCGAUCAUAAGGCUUUUGGAAACCAAAUACCCCCAAUCUUUGGAUUUUGUGCUGGAGAAACAGCUGAAGAACGCGUUGGCUCAGGAGGAGCAGGGUUUAUUCCACCAGUUCAUUACACUCUCCACCAGCAGGGGGAGUCACGAGCUGCUGGAAGACUGUCAUGCAUCUCUCCUACUCCGCUUAAACCAUCCGCAGCCAGCAGUGAGGAAACAGGCUGUCCUGCACCUUACCAACAUCAUGGAGUCCUCUAAGCCGGGUUUUGACGAAUCUUUCUUCAAGGAAGCCAUCAUGGCUCGUCUCAUGGAUGACAGCAUUGAGGUGCUUUUGUCGGCUUUGAAUUCUUUAAAGGUAUACCACGAUCACUUCACAGGCACCGAACAUAUAGUUUCCGAUCUUCUCACCUUAUUCUAUAGAACAGAUCUGUCUAAGGAUGAUGACUGGUGCAAAGUACUUCAAGAAGCUGCAAACCUCAUAAUCCUAAACAAAUCAAUAAUGGACUAUCCACAACUGUGCAACAAAAUGAUGAUGACAAUAAUACCUUAUAUGAUAUUCACAAGCAGAGAUUUUAAUUCGGCUGAGCACAGCCUGGCUGUUAACCUGGGAAGAAGCUCUGUAUGUGAUUUGCAUCCAUUGCUGAAGGGCUGGAGAAAAGCACUGGAUGACAGCUUGAAGCAGGCUAAACCCGAGCACUCUUUUACUGUGAUAAACAUGAACUUGGCUCACCUGUUAUCCAAUAACAUGGCCGGACUUGACUCCUCCUCCCUUUUAAACAUGCUGGAGGACCUGGUACAACUCGUGGAAAAGAAUGCUUUCACUGCAAGGGAGAAAUUAACUUUUUAUGUGCUCAGCCAUGCCCUAGUGAAAGGAUACUCGCAAUACCAGGAUCCUGGGCUCCAGGUUGCGAAAAAAAUCUUUGAAUUGCUUGACAAGAAACUGAGACAACUGGAGAGCUCGGCGCAGAUUGCUGAUGACGAGUGGCUGAUCGAUUACACCAGUGGAGAAGAGCUGCACAAACUGCUGCUGACCAAAUAUAUUGAUGAGCUAAACGCGGAGCACAGUGCCGAAUCGGAGGAAGCGGUUCUGCUGAUGUUGAGGCUAAAGACCUUCGUAGAAAGUUUAAGGCGUCCGAAAUCUUUUCCAAGCGGUGAUUUAUGGUGGAAUCCUGAGACAAUGGACAGCGUGAGCUUUAACUACCUGGAAGUUCUUGUCGGGCUUUUUGAUGUGAUUGUGUUGGGGGCCAGUGAUGGAAAGCAUAAUGCCAGCUUUAGAACUCUCCUAGGACUUUUAUUCAAGGAACACUUAAAGGAUCCAUUUCAAAGAUUUGGCUUCCUUUCCCUGUUAUGGACAUCGUGCUACAACCUCACAAGUUCACUUGGCUGCAAGGUGAACGCGGUUCUGCAGACUCAAGCGCUUUACAUCGGCCAGAGCUUCCUUGCUUCUGAGACUACAGCAAAGAAAAAACAGUUAAUGCUGAUCUCUUCUCCAGUGGUGGUAUCCUUGCUGGUCAAUUUGACUAGUCCAGUUAAGGAGGUAAGGAAAGCUGCUAUUGCCUGUCUAAAUGUACUAAAUAUUGUAACGGAUUCCCCAAUGUCCCCAGUCAUACAGGCUGUGAUGGAAAGAACUGAAGAGAUUGUGGCUGACUCUGCCUAUGUGUCAAUGCUUCUUGGUGAUCUAUUUAUGACUGUAAGUACUUCAGACCCAUCUAAGGGUGCACCUAAACUCUCAAGUGCUUUGGAUCAACUCUUGUGUGUACUGCAAACAUCAAGCUGCCCGUCCUACGUUGGCAAAGUUUUACUCAUGGUGCUACAUGAUGUAAACGGUGAGGGUGUCCUCAUUCAGCUUCUGCCAGUUUUGGAGAGAUUGUUGGAGAAGGUAGCACAUAAUGCCAUAGAUGAAGAUCACAUAGACGAGGCACUUUUGCUUCAGCUCAUUCUCAGAAAAUUUAACAAGCAUUCUGCUUCUCUCUUGCCCAAGAACCAGCAAUGCCUAGAUAUGUUUGUGCAAGUUCUGAAGACUCCCCAAGUCGUUCACAGUGGGAUACCCACUUUCCAAAUUGUUGCCCUGAAACAAAUCAAUAAAGCAUUCUUUGCUGCUAUAGAUGAUGAAAGUGUUCAGCAGAAGCUGCUUGGUGUCAUGUUUGAUUUGCUAGUAGACAACCAAAAUACUGAAAGUUCCCAAGCUAUCAUCAGUGCUUUUAAAUCUCUCUCUAUAAAUGCUGGACUCAUCAGUGCAGAACUUGAACCCCCUGGAAAAGACAAAUGCAUAUUAUCUGUGCGCCAAACAAGGAGGUCUAAAAUGCAGAAGCCAAAGACUGACACACAGGGGGAAGACAAUGUGAACUGGCCCAGAACCACUAUUAUUCUGGAGCUGUUGCAGCACAAGAAGAAACUAAAAGAACCACAGCGAUUGGUCCCUACCCUCUUUUACCUGCUCUCUAGGUGCCUCGAGUCUUCAACUCUUAAGCUGGAAAACUUUGAGUACAACCAACAACUGAUCCUCAGCUGCCUGCACAACAUCUGUCAAAAACUUUUAGCUGAUAAUGGGAAAAAUGCAAAAGAUAUUCUGGGUGAGGAAAAGUUCAGCGUAGAACUGAUUGUCCAGUGUGUGAGGACCUCUGAGAUGCCCCAAACUCAUCAUCAUGCUUUGCUACUUCUAGGAACCGCUGCUGGAAUAUUCCCAGACAAAGUUCUGCACAACAUCAUGCCCAUCUUCACUUUCAUGGGUGCCAGUGUCAUGCGUUUAGAUGACAGUUACAGUUUUCAAGUAAUCAGUAAGACUGUGCAGACUGUGAUCCCCUCACUUAUUCAGGUAGGGGAGGAAUCCUCUAAGGAGACGAGAGAUGAUGUGGAGAAAGUGGUUGAAAAGAUUUUACAUGUAUUUGUAGAUGCCAUUCCUCAUGUUCCAGAACACAGACGCUUGCCCAUUCUGUCACAGCUCCUGGAGAUUGUAGGGGCCGGGCGCUUUCUCUGGGUGCUACUGGUUCUUUUUUUUAAGCAGCAUGUGUCCAAAACGAUGGAAAAAAAUGAAGAGAAGGAUGCAGCUUUGGAGCGAGAUACCGAUUUUUGGAUAACCGUCUGCUGUAAGUUCAGUGUCCAUAUACAGCUAGAAAGCAUGAUAAAACUCUUGAGAUUUCUUGCCAGUCUGCCAGAAAAUAAUGAAGAUUUGCAUCAGCAUGUGAAAGGAAAGACACAUAAACCUCAGAAGCAAGACUUUGAGCUCUUCAGUUUGGAAACUCACUCAGCCAAGCAGCUGCGCCACUUUAAGUUCUUGUCCGUAUCCUUCAUUACCCACAUCUUGGCAUCUCAAAGCUUUAUCGGCAAGGUUGUACAAUGUGAAAAUGCUGAAGACUUAAAAAGCCUGGAGCAAGGGUUAUUGGAAGAAGUUCUUCGCUAUAUCAACUCAGUAGCAGGUUCAGUGGAAGCAAAUGCAGACCAACCUACAGCAAAAUUCUGGCGAGCGCUUCUGAACAAAACCUACGAGCUGCUGGAUAAGGUCAACGCUUUGCUGCCCACGGAAGUGUUUAUCCCAGUAUUACGUGGUCUCCUGACCAAUCCGCUGCCAUCUGUGAGGCGUAAAGCAAUGGAUAUACUAAACAAUAAAUUGCAACACCAAGCCCAAUGGCGGGAAGAACAAUGCGAAUUACUUUUGGGACUUGUUAAUGACCUCCUGAUUGUUGCACAACGGAAUUCUAACAUGGAAGAGGAAGAGCAAGCCAUUAACAGACAAACUGCCUUAUACAGCUUGAAGCUGCUCUGCAAACAUUUUGGUUCUCGGAGGCAGCAAGCGUUUGUGCCUGUAAUUAAUGUGGCCGUAGACAUCAUUGCAGAGGGGCAAAAGGAAAAGAACAUAUUGGGCAGUGCUUUGCUGUGCAUUGCAGAAGUUACCAGUGUAAUCAAGGCCCUGAGUAUUCCUCAGCUUCCCAGACUGAUGCCAGCUCUACUUUCCACCUUAAAAGAAAGGAAAGAACUGCUUACAAGCGAGAUUCACCUGCUCAGCAUAUUGACGGCGCUGCAAAAGGUGCUAGAGACACUGCCACAUUUCAUCAGCCCCUACUUAUACGAGUCGUUGCUACAGGUUACACUGCUUGAUAAAUUAGAUGUUAAAGGUGGGUCAACUUCUCAGAUUUCGUUAAGAGUUAAAGAUCUGAAAACCACGUUGUCAACCAAGCUGACCACCAGAGUUCUCCUUCCCGUGAUCUCCAAAUGUUACGGCCACCUCGUGGACACAAAGCAGCAACAAUGCAUCCCCUCUCUUAUGGAUGUCUUGAGGGAACACAUAGCUGGAAUGGAUAAGCUGCAGCUCUCGGCUCACCAGGCCGAAUUUACAAGUUUUUUUCUCAAGGCCUUGGAUUAUAGAGUUGAGCAAUCUGAGAUCGACCUAAAAGAAGUGGGUAACAUUGAGGGGCAUAUCCUCAACUGUCUGGUCAUCAUGAUCAUGAAGCUGUCGGAGGCAACAUUCAGGCCACUCUUCUUCAAGCUUUUUGACUGGGCUAGAACAGAAGGCGCCCCAAAGGAGAGACUCAUCACCUUCUGCCGGCUCGCAGAUUGUAUCGCCGACAGAUUGAAGGGGCUCUUCACAUUGUUUGCUGGACAUCUCAUCAAGCCAUUGGCUGAAGUUUUAAAUCGGACAAACACCGUAAAAACAGAUGAAGCGUUUUUUGAAUCUGAUGACAACAGCGAGAAAAGUUGCCUACUGCUGGAUUUUGUUCUCAACUGCCUGCAUAAAGUCUUCCUGUAUGACACUAAGCAUUUUCUCACCAAGGAAAGAGCAGAUGCUCUGAUGAUGCCCUUGCUGGAUCAGAUUGAAAACUUGCUUGGUGGAGAUGAGAAGUUCCAGUCGAGAGUAAACGAGAGCUUGGUCCCUUGCAUCGCUCAGUUCUCUGUUGCCAUGGCCGAUGACUCUCUUUGGAAGCCGCUUAACUACCAGAUUCUUUUAAAGAUGCGACACUCUUCCGCAAAGGUUCGCUUUGCCGCACUGCUCGUAUUGGUUGAUUUGGUGGAGAAAUUAAGAGAGAAUUAUUUGGCCCUGCUCCCAGAAACCAUCCCUUUCCUAGCAGAACUCAUGGAGGAUGAGAGCGUAGAGGUUGAACAGCAAUGCCAGAAGACCAUCAAGCGGCUAGAGAGCAUUCUUGGAGAAUCAUUGCAGAGCUAUUUCUGAUUUGAGCUGCCUUUUUUCACUGCCUAAAGCCCCAUACACACUAUCAGUUUUUUUCCUGCAGGUUUUUCUCCAGGUUUACCAAAACCAUCUAAUA